AUGAAGACCACUCAGUGCAGUGAGACCUGCGACGAUGAGGAAACCAAGCGUGCCACGAGCGACCAGGACGACACGUAUCAGGAACAGUCGACCACCAAGGUCGUACUUCUUCUUGUCUCGAUCAUGAUGACUAUGUUUCUGGUUGCUCUAGAUCGAACGAUCAUCUCAACGGCAAUCCCUCAGAUCACGAAUGAAUUCGACUCCCUGUCCGACGUCGGCUGGUACGGAAGCGCAUAUCUGCUGACCUGCUGUGCAUUCCAAUUGCUAUUCGGAAAGAUCUACACUUUCUACCCCGUGAAAACAGUUAUGCUGGGUAGCAUCCUCUUGUUCGAAGUUGGCUCUGUCGUCUGUGGAGCUGCGCCCAACUCCACCGCUUUUAUCAUCGGACGAGCUCUCGCUGGUGUUGCUGCCGCAGGAAUCUUUGCAGGAUCUGUUGUGUGUAUCGUCUAUGCUGUUCCUCUCGAGAAGCGUCCCAAGAUCCAAGGACUUUUCGGGGCCGUCUUCGGUCUGGCCUCGAUUGUAGGCCCGCUGGUCGGUGGUGCAUUUACCUCGCACGUAACAUGGAGAUGGUGCUUUUAUAUUAAUCUCCCCUUUGGGGGCCUGGCGAUGGCUGCUAUACCAUUUUGCCUCAAGGUGCCUGACAGGAAUACGACCAAGGUUUCAUGGAUGGAGAAGCUGAAGCAGCUUGAUGUCCCUGGACUGUGUUGCUUAGUCCCCGGCGUAGUCUGUCUGGUGCUAGCACUGCAGUGGGGUGGGCAGAAAUAUGAUUGGAAUAAUUCUCGCAUCAUCGUGCUACUGACUCUCAUGGGCGUCUUGCUACUUGGUUUCGUUGCUGUUCAGAUACUUCUGACAAGGACGGCCACUGUUCCUCUGCGCAUCUUCAGACGGCGCAGCAUCUUCGGCGGAGUGUGGGCGACCAUCUGUAUAGUCUAUUUCCUCCCAAUCUGGUUCCAAUCAAUCAAAGGCGUUUCGGCCGUGGACUCGGGUCUCAGACUCCUGCCCUUAAUGCUCUCAAUGGUCGUCGCGUCCGUUCUCACUGGCAUCACCACCCAGAAGAUCGGAUAUUACACCCCCUUUGCAAUCAUCGGAACCUGCGUUAUGGCGAUUGGUGCCGGGCUCCUUACAACACUGCAAAUCCACACCGGCCACGGCAAAUGGAUAGGCUAUCAGAUCCUCUACGGCUUCGGCAUGGGCAUGUGCUUCCAGCAACCUAACCUCGCGGCGCAGACCGUCUUACCGAAAAAAGAUGUGCCUGUCGGAAUUGCAGUCAUGUUCUUCAGCCAGCUGCUUGGUGCUGCGGCGUUUGUUCCUGUGGGCGAGAAUGUCCUGGCUAACCAGCUUACGAUGAGGCUGUCUGGGGUUCCGGGAAUUGACUCGGAUAUUGUUACGUCGGGCGGUGCGACAUCGCUAUUGAGCUUGGUUCCUUUGGAUCUCCGGGGGACGGUAUUGACGGCUUAUAACGAAGCGUUGCGGAAGGUGUUUCAGAUCGGGUUGAUUGUGGCCUGUUUGGCCAUUCUGGGAAAUGCCUCACUGGAGUGGGUGAGUAUACUCAAGAAGUCGAAGGCAAGUCCUGGAGUUGAGAAUUGUGAUGACGCUCCCAAACAGGAGCAAUAG